AUGUGUUUGUUGGUGGUAGAGGAUGAGUUUACAACACAAGAGGUGUGGCAGCAGAUAGAAAAUCUGCACAAGAUAACUGGAAAACCCACAGAGGAGUUCAAAGUUGUGUUGCCAUUAAGACAUAAACCUGAAGAAUCUUACCCAUUCAAAUGCUGCACCGUGGAGAGAUUAUUCAGUGAACUGGCUGAAAAGAGAAAUGUCAUGGCAACCAACCAAAGAUCUGCUGAUGAAACCCACCAUCAAACCAGUGGGGCAGGCAGCAGAGGUCCCACUGACAACAGGAAGAGAUUAAAAGAAAAUCACUCUAACAAAGUGAACCUUGUUCUGCUGGGAUUGUCCGGGACUGGAAAGAGUGCGACUGGAAACACAAUCCUUGGAAAGACAAAGUUUGAGUCAAAAGCCAGUUCAGUGCCGAUCACCACAGAGUGUCAGGAGGCAGAAACUGAGAUAAACGGUACAUGUGUGCGUGUCAUUGAUACUCCAGACAUCUUUGAUGAUGAAAUCAAUUCAUCAGUUAAGAACCAACAUGUGACACAGUGCAGACGGCUCUGUCAGUCAGAUACUUGUGUUUACUUACUUGUGAUGCAUGUUAGCAGAUUCACAGAUGGUGAGAGAGACAUACUGAAAAAGUUUGAAAAAGCUUUUGGUCCUGAAGCUAAAGAACAAACAAUCGUCCUGUUUACUCGUGGGGAAGAGCUGCAGAGUGCAGAAAUGAGCUUGGAGGAUUUUUUGCAGGACUGCCAGCCUGGACUCAAGAACAUAGUUAAACAGUGUGGUGGAAGAUGUGUUGUUUUUAAGACCAAACCCCCAGAUCAGCAUCAAGUAGCAGAGCUAAUGCAGACAGUGAACAUGAUGAUAAAUAAACAGCAGAAACAAUAA